UCCUUUUCAACAUUCGUAUCAAGCCUAUCAUGACAUUCGUAUCCAAGUAUCCAGAUCAGCUAAACAAUCAAACCCAACUUAUAUCAAAUUAAUAACAUUCGUAUCCAUCCUUUUCAACAUCCAUCCUUAACCCGUACUAUCUAUAGAAACAAGCUGUCAUGGCAAGCUGUCAUAGAGAGAGAGAAUAUAAGAAAAAUUAUCCGGUAUUCGCGCAUUCUUAGGAGUUUUAUCUAUCCCCCCCUCCGCCAAGUUAGGAACCAUGCCUAAACAAUGAACUGCGUAGACUCGCUGACGUUAGAAAAUCCGCAAAAUUUGUAUACAAUCUGUUUUCAUUCGGAGAUUAUCCGGACAGAUAGCAGGAGCAAGGUUUGAAAAUUGUGUCGGCUAGUAAUUAAUGAAAACGUGAUUAGUGUUUAGGCACUGGUCGAUGAAAGGUAUAUCAAAAAUAUCAUUGAAAAUGGAUUGAAAUCAUGUAGCAUAAUGUAGUUAAGUGAAAACCUAUCAAAGUUAAUUUGGAUAUUUUCAAAACAUGAUUUCCAAGUUUGGAAAUGAGGCAGUAACAAGAUUUGGAUGUCAAAUUGAAUCACUAGAAGUCUCUCUUAAAUUGGACAAUGAGAAAAUGUUUGAGGAAAGGGAAUUAAACCCAGAACAAGGCUUGGUGCAAUAUUGUUUGCAAAAUUCAAAUUUGAUCGAUGCAAAUGCUAAAUUUAACGAAGCAAAAGCGGAGGAGAGUGUUCAAUCUUGUGUACACGUUAUACCAGACCCUUCCACCUCUCUAACUGAUUCUGUACAUAAAAUAUUAAUAUCCAGUUCUGAGUUUGAAGACUUAUGUACAAGAGAUAAAUUAAAAGAUAAUGAUAACCCUACAACUUUUAGUUUAAUAAAUAAAUCCGGGAUUCAAGAAAGAACACAUGCUGACUGUACAAAAAACUGUUUAAUUUUGUCACGUAAAAAAGUUUCACGGUCAAGAAGAGCUGAAGAAGAAGAAGACGAUUUUUCUAAAAUAACUUUUGAUUUUAAUUCCCCAUAUCCAACCCUUCAGUUAGCAACUGAUCCUAGUAAAGAGGAGAUACAAGGGUCCGUCGUUCAUGAGACACAUCUACACUCAGAUAAAUUGAUAUACGUCAGCAAGGUUUUCUUUUUUGCAAGAAAUCGUUACUUUGAGAAGGAAAACUGCCCUUCCAUCUCAGAAUAUGGUUUUGAUGAAAGAGAUGUCUGGAAGCGAGAUAUUAGAGAUAUCUGUGAGAAUGAAUGCAUGAACAUCCUUCAGUCAAAACCAAUCAGGAAAGAUGACAAAGAAUCCAUAUCUCAGCUGUACGGUAGUUUAGAAGAUAUAGUUUACAGGUCCAGUGAUGAAGAUCUAGGAUCUCCAUGUACGGUAGCUCUAGUACACCUGGAGCACAGACUGGUUUCAAGAAUUAUCAAAACACUUCCAGGUUUCAAGCACCGUGUUUAAAAGUUAUGGACCAUCGCGAUGCAACUUCCUGAUGAUCGAUCCUGAUGAAGCAUAAAAUCAUACCUUAAAAAUACAGUAUUUUGAUUUUAAUAACCUACUUUUCUGAUCUUUUAAACCUCCCUCUACUAAACUCAUGAACUCUUAAACCGCCUUCCCCCUGAGCUCUUGAACCCUAUUCCUUUCAAAAACUAGAAAACCCCCUUCUCCUUAACUCUUGAACCUCCUUCUUUUGAACUGUUGAACCUACUUCCCCUGAACUGUUGAACCUCUUUCCCCUAAAAUUUUGAGCCUCCUUCCCCUGAAAUCUUUAACCUCCUUCUCCUGAACUCUUGAAACUCCUUCCCCUAAACUCUUGAACCCCCUUCUCCUGAACUCUUGAACCCCCUUCUCCUGAACUCUUGAAACUCCUUCCUCUGAACUCUUGAAACUCCUUCCCCUGAACUCUUAAACCUCCUUCCCCUAAGCUCUUGAACCUCCUUCUCCUGAACUCAUGAAAAUCCUACCCCUGAACUCGUGAACCCCUUUCUCCUGAACUCUUGAAUCUCCUCCCCCAGAACUCUUGAAGCUCCUUCUCCUUAACUCUUGAACCCCCUUCUCCUGAACUCUUGAACCUCCUUCCCCUGAACACCUACCUGUUUCUGAAAACCUAGAUUACUUUGUCUGAACUCCAUGUGUUUAGUUUGGUUUAUAAUCCUCCUUGACUCCUAUAAAUCUGAUGGAUCUAAGAUUAUGUUUACAAAUACAACUUUACAAUACUGGAUUUGAAACAUUGAGGCACGUUCAAAACACAUCAUUUUCAAGCCGAUAGUUUGUCUCAUCCGCUCUCUUCUCCCCUCCUUCCUUCUCUCUCUCACUUCCCCUGUCCCUUCCUCUCCCCUUUCCCUUUCCC